AUGGCUCCAGUAUUCACUAACUCACAAGGUAACCCAGUUCCAGAACCAUUUGCCACUCAAAGAAUUGGUAAGCAUGGUCCCUUGUUGUUGCAAGAUGUCAACUUGAUUGAUAACUUGGCCCAUUUCGAUAGAGAAAGAAUUCCAGAAAGAGUUGUUCACGCUAAAGGUUCCGGUGCUCAUGGUGUUUUCGAAGUUACUGAUGACAUUACUGAUAUUUGUUCUGCCAAGUUUUUGGACACUAUUGGUAAAAAGACCAAGAUCUUUACUAGAUUCUCCCAAGUUGCCGGUGAACAAGGUUUUGCUGAUACUGUUAGAGAUCCAAGAGGAUUCUCCACUAAGUUUUACACUGAAGAAGGUAUUUUAGAUUUGGUUUACAACAACACUCCAAUUUUCUUUAUUAGAGAUCCAUCCAAGUUCCCAUACUUUAUCCACACACAAAAGAGAAACCCACAAACCGGUUUGAAAGACCCAAACGCUUUUUGGGAUUACUUUACUUCUAACCCGGAAUCCGUCCACCAAGUCACCCUUUUGUUCACUGAUAGAGGUAUUCCAAAGUCCUACAGAAAACAACAUGGUUUCUCAGGUCACACAUACAAAUGGUCUAAUGCUAAAGGUGAUUGGUACUAUGUUCAAGUUCACUUCUUGUCCGAUCAAGGUAUUGAAACAUUGACUGUUGAGGAAGCUACUAAGAUUGCUGGUGAAAACCCAGACUACCUUAGAGAAGACUUGUUUGAAGCUAUUGAAAAAGGUGAUUACCCAUCAUGGACCUGUUACAUUCAAACCAUGACUGAAGAACAAGCCAAAAAGGCACCAUUCUCCGUUUUCGACUUGACAAAGGUUUGGCCACACAAGGAUUACCCAUUGAGAAGGUUUGGUAAAUUCACUUUGAACAAGAACCCAGACAACUUCUUUGCCGAAACCGAACAAGCUGGUUUUGCUCCAUCAAACACGGUUCCAUCAAUGCAACCAUCUGCUGAUCCAGUCUUGCAAUCAAGAUUGUUUUCUUACACUGAUACUCAAAGAUACAGAUUGGGUGCCAAUUAUGCUCAAAUUCCAAUCAACAAUCCAAACAACGGUACUCACGUCUUUGCCCCUAAUGUUAGAGAUGGUUUCAUGACUGUUAAUGGUAACCUCGGUGCUACUCCAAACUACUUGGCCUCAGAUGUCGACGUCAAAUACGACCAAUUCCCAAUCCAACAAGAUCAAGAAGUUUGGGAAGGUGCUGCUACUCCAUUCCAUUGGAAGGCUACUCCUGCUGAAUGGACUCAAGCUACUGAAUUCUACAACAAGGUCUUGCCAAAGAAUCCAGGUGGUCAAGAACGUUUGGCACACAACAUUGCUGGACAUGUUUCUGCUGCCAAACACGAAAUUCAAGACAGAGUCUUCAAAUAUUUUGGUGGGGUCAGUCCAAAGUUGGAGGAAGAUAUCAAGAAGGAAGUUUUCCAAUUAGACCCAAGAAAAUAA